CCAUAUCAAGGAACCACCUUAAUUACUGAACUUCUUUUCCCAGUUCUGGCUCUUCUCCUCUCAUAUGAUGUCCUGACAGCGCCCGAGCUUUAUUUUUCAAAAGUUUGAUAAAGCGACAUGGAUCAGAAAGAAUCAACGGCGCUGCAAAAGCUGAGUUCCUUCAGUAUCAAGAGUCUGCUGCUUCCAUCCAGAAAUGACAAACACAAACACGACGCGGCGCGUGCAGAGAAGCUCCAGCUGCUGUCGGACCCCGAGCGACCGGCGGAGCCCGAGGACACGGACCCGGCGGAGAGAGUCAAAGACGCUGCGGAAGAACCGAGCAAAACCGCGAAGCUCGACAAGCCGCCGUUCAGCUACAACGCGCUGAUUAUGAUGGCAAUUAGACAAAGCCCCGAGAAGAGACUAACGCUUAACGGAAUCUACGAGUUUAUCAUGACGAACUUUCCGUUUUACCGGGAGCACAAGCAGGGCUGGCAGAAUUCCAUCCGACACAAUCUGAGUCUCAAUAAAUGUUUUGUAAAAGUGCCAAGACAUUAUGAUGACCCCGGCAAAGGCAACUACUGGAUGCUGGACCCUUCGAGCGACGAUGUUUUUAUCGGCGGAACGACCGGCAAACUCCGGAGACGCUCGGCGACUUCCAGAGGAAAGCUGGCUAUCAAACGAGGACUGCGGUUUUCCCCGUUGGGUUUGGGAAUAAACGAGACGGCGAAUAAUCCUCUAUACUGGCAGAUAUCGCCCUUGUUAUCUUUACACCAUCCGCAUUACAACGGAACGCCGCACGGAUUUCUGAAUCAAGGUUACGGUUCUUUCGUCCCCGGAGUCCAGCCGCGGCCCGUUCUGGGGAGCUCCGGCGGGGCUCUCGGUUUGACGAACUCCUACGGGAUGGGUUCGUUAUCCGUCCCGUCAGCCUACUUGCACCCACCGGCCCUGCAGCAAAACGCGUUCAGCUGUCAGCAGACGUUACUCACCGACUCCCUGAGGACCACUUUGUCGUCGUUCUCACCUGCCGUCUCCAGCGGCUUACCUGGAGUCUUGUCCCUCCAAGACAGAGUCUCUCCAGAUUCUUUUUAAAGUGAUGGGAAAAGUGAUUUCGUUGCGAUGAAAUCAUACAAUCCUGGACCAAAUGCUUCCAUACAGUUUUACGACAGAUCGUGGUAUUUAUACGCAGAAAUGGACUUCGGCGUGCAUAUAAUACGCAGUUUUAUGCGCUUGGAAAGCGCGAGCGUUCUUACCUUUUGAUGGAGAAAUUACUAGUGGUUAUAUAAUGCGAAUUUAACUGCAGACUAUUUAUAUGCUGUUCGAAGUCGAGUUAAUUUAUAUUAUAUUUCUUAACUGUAUUUGAUGUCAUGUAUCCAUCCAUGAUCUAUUAAUCAGCAGUCCUGCUGAAAUUAUAUUUGUUGCUGGUCAUAACUUAAUUGGGAGUCUGAGAGUAAGCGACAGAGAAUCAGAGAGGCACAUCAGGGCUUUUAUUUAUUUCCAUUGUCUCAGGUCCCACUCAUACUCACACAAAUAGUGAAGAAGUCUGGCUUGUUUGAUGUGGAGCUCACACGGCUGCAUUAGGCCUGCUGUUUAUGAGCAGCUCAUGUAUGAAAACAACUUCUUGGCGUCCCAGAGUUUACAAGUUCGCUUUGUCUUCCUUCUUGUCUUUUUCAAAUGAAUAAAUACACUGAGAGAACCUCGGACCACUUGUGAAACUGGACCCAGGCUUGUUAAAAUUACUAGGCCUCAUUUUACAAAAUGUAGCAACAUUAGCUGCAGCCAAAUGAUUUUAAAUAGACGAACGAAUUAACGUCCAGUUGAAAAAUAAACGAAACGAAUAAAUUCUAAAUAAGCACAUGAUCCAAGAAUCUUCAAUGUAUUAGCAAUGCAUGCAAACUACUGAAGCACUUGGUGUUCCGCACACUAGCGGCCUGAGCCUCACUUUAGUUCACGACGCGUGCUGUCUGAGACGAAUAACUUCACAAAAUGAACACUAACAGAAAGUCAAACUCACUUGUGUGGAGGUGGAAUCCAGUUUAAGCUGACAUUAUUGCUUUAAAGUUUUGCACUUUUAAAAAAGAGAUUCUUUGUUUAGCACUGAAAAAAAGCGCUUUUGUAUUUACAUGAAUUAAGAAUUUGUACUAAUAAAAAAAAAACAAUAAAUGUUUUUGUCAAAAUGAAAAAAAAAAAGAGGGGAAUUUGUCUUUAAAGUGUCUCUAUUUUCAAAUCGAAAUGUAUAAUAUGAGCAAAUUUAAUUAAACGGCGAAAAUAAAAUGCAUUCAUUAAAGUAAUUUAAUUUUGAACAGGUGCUUGGCCAGAAAUAAUUAUAAAGUUUCUCUAAAACAGCUGAACGAAAAUAAAUGCUUUGAAAUGAAGAUUUAAUUCAGCAAGCCCAAAACGUUUUAAUUUUUCUCCUUUUACAGAUCAAAAUUUUAUACGACGACAUUAUUGUGUCGAACACCAAAAAUGUCAUUAGCGUAGUUGAACGAAAUGAGGGUAA